AUUCCACAGCCAUGGCUCCAGCAAGUCCGCUCAAGGUGGGCCUCCUAGUGGCCCGCAUCCACCAGUCAUGGGAGCAAGACACUCUCGUCGAAUGUAUCUUCCACCUCUGGCAACGACUCUCAGCCAAAUUCCAAGAAACCGGCCUCAUCUCCGAAGAAAACGCCAUCAAGAGCAACCUCACCACCAGCGACCAACAUCUCCUCCUCAAGCAAGCCUUCGUAAGCCAGCCACGAACCUCAUCCUCACCUCAUCCACUGACAAAUCAACCCCAGGCCUCAACCGCCCUCACGUUCAUCGGCCGCCACCCGUCGUCCCAUCAAAGCGCCUACGGCGUAUGGAUCAAGCCACACCACGCCAACCCACACAAAUGGAGAGUCGAGCUCCAGCUGGUCUCACCAACGAAAUCAGUCCAGCGCGAGUCCGUCGCAGACAAAGCAGGCAAGACAGUAUUCCUCUCUGCUUUUCACCCCCGCCGCGCUCAUGAGCCUGGCUGGUACUGCCCUAUCCUUGACGAGUAUGUCAGCCCGAGCGCGAAAGAGUGCGCAGAGCUCGCGGAGCUCAGCGGCCUGACGCAGAUCGAGCUGGGUGGGAUUGUUAACAGUAUGAAUGUCCGGGCCAGAAAUAACGAUGUCAAGAGGGUCGCGGUGACUAAGAAGCGCAAGUUCGUGUCGGAGACUGAAGAGUUGGGUGGUAAGGCUGGCCGCGCCGGGGCGGGUAGAGUGGUUGAGCGGGAGCGCGUGGUUAGAGAAUGUCAUCCGAGGGUUAAGAGGCGCAGGUUUGUGAGGGGUUGCAGGGUGGGUGGUGCUGGUACUGGAAGCGGCGAAGAGGCUAUGGGAAUUAAAGGUUGAGGAGUUAGAUGAGAAGUAGGUUUGAUGAUGGGUGGGAAUGGAAUCUUCGACGCGCGGAACCUGGCAGAAGUGUCGGUGUCGAAAGGCGGGGGAUGAAGGGUGUG